CCUCGAUCGCUUCUUUUCUCUUCGGUCUGACCUCGCUUCGCUUGACAGCCUUAAGAGAACUCGAGGAAAAAAAUCCUUCACAUCUUCCAGCCUCGAGCCCGACUCGUCUGUUAUCGCUGAUCUGUUCUUCUCGCCCUGCGCCUCGUCGUGAUCCUCAAUUCCACACCCAAUCCCAAUCCAACAUCUGCCCGUUCCAAUUGCGGCCACCGACCUCAUCUCUCAAUCUUCACCAUGUCUAGCCAACCCCUCCUCCAGACUGCCCCAGGCAAGCGCAUCGCCCUCCCCACCCGCGUCGAGCCCAAAGUCUUCUUCGCCAACGAGCGUACCUUCCUCUCAUGGCUGAACUUCACCGUGAUCCUCGGCGGCCUCGCCGUGGGUCUGCUCAACUUCGGUGACCGUAUCGGUCGUAUCUCCGCCGCCUUGUUCACGAUCAUUGCCAUGGCAGCCAUGAUCUACGCCGUAGUGACAUUCCAUUGGCGUGCACAGAGUAUCCGGCGGAGGGGGCAGAGCGGUUUCGACGACCGCUUUGGACCUACAGUCCUUGCUAUUGCCUUGUUGGCUGCCGUUGUGGUCAACUUUAUCCUCCGCAUGCGUGACAACGAGCUGAACUGAGCUUAAGCUUGGCUGGGCACAUGUUUUUCGCUGCGCCAGAUUUCUGGCCUUGUCCUUCUAUGAACGAUCUACCACCCACUUCGAUAUCACUCCUGCUCCGCCCCAUAUAUGUCACCUCGCUUUGCCUAGCGUUCUCAUCUCUUUUUUUUCGUGUCUUCUUAUUGCGGAUUUUUUUGACCCAGUUUGCCGUUCGCAUAGCAGUCAUCACUUCGGCCUGCUGUCUGCUAUCUACUGUUACUUCUGUCUAUGACUUUCAUCCGUCCAAACUGGGUUUAUUCUGGCGCUUUGGGUUUUGUGUACAUCGGGAUGUCACUUAUCUAUCGCAUGUGAUAUGUUACUAAGAUUUGACGGUUUUUAUACCUCAAUUGAAGCAGGUUAUGCCUCUCUCGCCAUGCUUGUUGUUACUUCGUAUAUUUACGUAGGAAUUUGGUCCAGCUACUCCUAAUUUUGAGUGUUCGGCGUGGAUCCAAGGUCGACGCAUAGGACUGCCUUCUUACGAAGUCAAGCCAGUCACGUCUCUCAGUCUCAGCC